CUUGGUACAAACUCGACAAUGUCUGACGGUGAAGAGCAACGUCCCAUGGAUGCAGCACCGCUUGCCGUUGAGCAGCAGCCGCCUGCCGAGGCUGCUGCCGCCGCCGCUGCUGCGGAGGAGGAGGGCAGCAAGCCUGAGCUGGCUGCUGCGACAACACAUGCAGACUCGGCUCCCAGCACUGAGGCACCCGCUGCCCCCGCCGCUGAGGCUGAGGAGACCAGCGCCCCCGAGCCUGCGUCUGCCGAAUCGGCCAACGGCGGCGAUGGUGAUGCCGGUGCUGCGGCUGCCGUGCCCGCGGCCGAGGAGCAGCAGCAGCCUGCUGAGGCGGCUACCGAUGCUCCAGCUGCCGUCGAAGCCACCCCGGCUGAGCCCGCGGCUGCUCCCGCCGCCACCGAGGACGCUCCCGCUCAAGAUGCGCCUGCGCACACCUCGGAGGAGGCCAAGGCGCCCAGCGCCGAGCCCGCCGCGACCGAACUCGCCGCCGCCUUCGUGGAGGAAACUGCACAAAACGAGGAUCGCGCGGAAAACGACGAAACCCCUGAGGAAGCGCCAUCCACCGUUCGCCUCGGCCUCAACCCCACCGACAUCACCAAGAUGACCACCAUCGUCAAAUCCCUCCAAGAGCACAAGACUGCCGGACCCUUCCUUGAGCCUGUCUCGGCAGAGGUUAUUAAAAACCCAAUGGACCUCGGCACGAUUCAAAAGAAGCUUGAGCAGUCGACCGAAACCUCCAAGGCUCGUCGAGCUGGCGACGCUGCUGCGCCGGCUGCCCCGUACACGUGCUGGGAAGACUUGGCGCUGGACGUCAAGCUGAUUGUGGACAACUGCCUCGAGUACAACCAGACUGGCAGCAAAUUCUACAAGAUGGCACUCGACAUUGAGAAGCGACUGGGUGUCUUGUUGGUCGAGGCCGGCUGGCUUCGCCGCGAGCAAAUCCAAAUGCUUGGUGUUCUCGGCGCCGUGAACAUGCGCAAGAAGUUGGACGAGGAGAAUGCCGGCGAGCCCGUUGCCUCCAACCCGAUCGUCCUGGAGGACACUAGUCUCGGCGCGCCCAAGGCCGCUGCCGCUGCUGCUGCUGCUGCUGCUGCCGCCGCUGCCGCGAGCAGCACUGAAUCGACUGGCUCGACACCUCAAGUAUCGCGAUCAGGUCGUGUUAUUCGCAGCACAAAGCGCCGCCAAUCUUUCGACGAGGCCGCCACGGACGAAGACCGGGACGACGAGGAGCGCGACGAUGAGGACGAGGAAGGCCGCAAGAAGGGCCGCAAGUCAAAGCUGGCGCGUGUUGGCAGCAAAAAGGCCAGCAGCGCCGGAGUGCACGCUGGUGCGCCCCCGGCCAUGCACCACCAGCACCCUGCAGUGUCCCACCACCACCCUCAGCAGCACCUGCUGCACCCGCAACAGAUGCACCACCAACAACACAAUGACUUUUUGCAGCAACAGCAGGCGCAGCAGCAACAGCUCUUCCUGCAGCAGCAGCAACAACAGCAGCAACAAGCGGCGGCUACGGCGCAGUUCCACCAAAUGGCCCCUGGAUAUAAUUCGCAGUACAUGUCCUUCCUCCAGCCGCAAAACCACCUCCUCCAACAGCAACUCCACUUCCAACAACAGCAGCAACUCCAACAGCAGCAGCAACUCCAGCAACAGCAAGCUGCCGCCGCCGCUGCACGACAACGCCAGCAGCUUCAACACCAAACCAACGCUGGCAACCAGCAACGCGCUCCCGCUGACGAAAUGUCGCUUCUUGACGCCUUCCUUGGCUCCCAGUUUGGCAUGCAGUAA